AAGUAAAUAGAAUAAAACAAAACGGUGUCUGCGCGUCGUAACGUAAGCGCAUUUGUUGUAAAUGUAAAUGCAAUAAAAGCGAAAGGCAACAACGAAACCACGGAACUUACCGCCUCGGCAACGAUUUGUAUAAAUUAUUGAAAAGUGAACGGUGGCCAGAGUUAUUACAAGACAAGUUUUAUUGUUUUGUGUGUAAAGAAAAUUCUGCGUAGCAAACAAACCGGUCGGCGCUCUUUAACACACACAUAUGCAAACAAAAACCCGUAUGUGCUCGGGGAAAAAGCGCUAUCAAAGUCGAGGAAACGCAUUUCGUGUGACACAAACAGCACUGAGACAUUGAAUUUAUUUAAAUAUAGUAUUUGCUUGCCAUAUCCAUAAUUUCUCGGUGUCAAGCAGACGGCGACGCAAAAGGCGGCCAUAUGCGACUGCCGCCCCUUCUGCUGCGGGGGUGAAGGUGAAAAGGUGGGGUGCUCUGAAAGCUGUAACUGAAAUGUUUGCCGUUCGCGUAUUAUAAAUUGUUUUUGCAAACACAAACAAGCAGAUAAAGGAACACAACCAACUGCCUUCUCCCUCUUUUGCUGGAAUCGUGUGUUCCACUUUUGAUAGGCAGAGAGCAUCGCCGUCACCACGAGCAGCGACGCGACGCACUGUCCUGAUUUCCUCUGCCACCAGGAGGCAAGUGCAACCAGGACAAACUUCUUUCGUUCGGGCGGGGCGUGUGCUCUGUGGUGUGUGCGUGCGGUGAGCGGCGUGGAUGGUUCAAGAGAUUCUGGGCCAGGAUAAUUGCGAAAUGCAUGAGAGCUGCUCCAGCAGUAGCUCUCCCUUUGGUUCCCCAAUGCGCGAGACUUAGAUGCUCUAGUGGACGGAUUGGGAUUGGGAAGAGUCUAGAUGUCGUCGAGCAACGGCGGCAUAAAUAGUGCCGCCACGAAUGGCCGCAGUGGAAGCACCGGCAGUGCCAACAUCAGCCUCAAUAUCAAGGCGCCUGCGGCUGGAGGAGCGGCAGCAGUCUCAACAAGCACCACAACCACGUCAAUUACACACAAAACACUGCCGGACCUGAAGACGCAGCGGAGCAACAGCGUCUGCCACAGCCAGGAGACCUACUCCAGCAACAGGAGAGUGGCACCCACGGAGAAGCCGCCAGAAAAGCCGCUCAGCUAUGCCCCGGCCCAGAGUCGGGCCACGGAAAAGGAGCCCAAGGAGGGCCACUUGGUAUACUGUGAGGGAAAGCUCCACUCGGGCCCGCUGAAGUCGCUCAUCACCCACAUGGUACCCACCCACGAGUACUACCCGGAAGAGAGCUUUGUCUUUGCCUUCCUGCUCAGUGCCAGGCUCUUUGUGCGGCCGCACGAGCUGUUGGCGCAGAUUUCAACGACUUGGGAGCAGCAGCAGGGGGCAGGAGGCGGAUGCGAUGUUGUGGACGAUGCCGGACAGGUGCUGUACCUCAGCAUUAACUCUGCCUCGCCUCUGACCCAGAGAAAGGGAGCAGCAGCAGCGGCAUCGGCGGCUACGAGUACGGAGCUGGAGCCAAAGCCGCAGCAGCGGACGAGUACACAGCGGUCGGCCCAGCACUGCAUACGGCUGCUCUCGGAGUGGAUCGAGAUCUUCCCGUACGAUUUCAGAGAUGAGCGCCUGAUGCAGCAGGUGCGCAUCCUGGCCCGGAAAUGCGUCUACAUCGACAACUCGUUGGGCAAGCAGGUCUCUCGCAUUCUACAGCUGCUCGUGUCCCGUCUGACGGCCCUGGAGCAGUACGAGGAGUUCCUGCUGACGCUAACCACAGAGGCCAGCGAGCGGGAGGCUGGGGCGGUGGUUGCUGGCCAAAGUCAACACCACCAUAACCAUCACCAUCAUCAUUUGCAUAAUCCCUUUCAAACUUUUCUGGGCAGCUCGCACUCGCAUGCCAAUGGCGUGGGCGGUGGGGGCUCGGCCAGCGGAACAUCCAACUCCUCCUCCAGCGGCAACACCUCCUCCACAUCCAACUCAAACUCGACCACCCCUCAGCCAGACGAAGUCUUUGGCAUCAUGGACAUGUGCCCGAGUUGCGCCCACUUGGCCCACCAGUUGACAGCCAUCGAACUGGAGCGUCUGUCGCACAUUGGGCCAGAGGAGUUUGUCCAGGCGUUUGCCAAGGAUUACCCCCAGCAGCAGGUCAAGGAUGGAGCAGGCAGUGGAGGCAAGAGUUCAUUGAACGAUAUGAAGAAGACGCGCAACCUGGAGUCGUAUGUGCAGUGGUUUAAUCGCCUCAGCUACUUGACGGCCAGCGAGAUUGUCAAGUAUCCGAAGAAGAAACAGCGUGUUCGCAUCAUCGAGUACUGGAUCGAGACGGCCCGUGAGUGCUUCAACAUUGGCAACUUCAACAGUCUGAUGGCCAUAAUAGCAGGUCUAAAUCUGGCGCCAAUAGGCAGGCUCAAGAAGACAUGGUCGAAAGUGCAAUCGGCCAAAUUCUCAGUGCUGGAACAUCAAAUGGAUCCAACAUCAAACUUCAAUAGCUAUCGCUCGACGCUCAAAGCUGCUAUGUGGCGCUCCGAGGGUGCCACAGAGGAACGCGAACGCAUAAUCAUUCCAUUCUUUAGUUUAUUUGUUAAGGACUUGUACUUUUUAAACGAGGGCUGCUCCAAUCGGCUGCCAAACAAUCAUAUCAACUUUGAAAAGUGCUCCCAGUUGGCCAAACAGGUGACGGAGUUCAACGAGUGGAAGAAGGUGACGUGUCCCUUCGAGAAGCUUCCGAAUGUCAUUGCCUAUCUGCAGCACAGCGCAGUGCUCAAUGAGAACACCCUCUCGAUGGCCUCUUUCGAGUGUGAGCCUCCCGAGAACACAGAGGAGAAGGAUCGCUACAAAACGGUGAAAGCCGAGACGAAACAACAACUUUUGCAGCAGUUGCAGGAGCAGCAGCAACAGCACCACCAGCAGUCGCAGUAGUAGCCACUAUUUAGAGGGGUAGAUUAAGCUACGCUUAAGCGCUUGCCAUGAUUAUAUCUUCUAUUAGAUGUGUAAGAUUGGGGACAGUUUAUUAGUUUAAGUUGAGUCGAUGGUGUAACAGGAGCAGUUAGGAGUAAGACCCUCCCGACCCAUCCGCAAGCCCUUCUUAGCCUCUCUUGGAGAAAGUAAAGCUUCUGAAGCUAUGUAUUAACCAUUGUCUUGUCAACCCUCUCUCAAUUGGAUCCUCCUGAAUUUGUAAGCACUGAUGUCCCCUGAUGUUCCCCCAAUCGAACAAACGAACGAACGCAAAGCAUCUCCGAAAUGUUGCCAGUAAUUUAAAUUAUUUAACUUUUAAGCGAAUAUUAGCACCGGUGGUACCAUGUAUGUACUUAAAGCAUUUUAUUGCUAACAACCAGCUAAUGCAACUAAUUUAGUUUCUUAACAAGUAAUAUUUUUUAUUACACAAAACAUUUUUGAUGUCAUAAUUUAUGUUCAAAACCAUCUGACAAAGCGCACGAGUGCGCGAUAUUUGUAAGUAAACAGUAUUUAUAUUUAUAUAUACAUACACAAUUUUAUAGCUAAAUGAAAUCUUUUUUGAUAUUCUAUAACGAUUAUAUCCGAUUAGUAUCCGACAGAUUGGAUGAUAGGAUGCUUUUGGGUCGAGGCUUUUUCAUGCUUCAGGAAAUCUCUAUUGCACAGCAUUCGCUGAGCAAAAACAGUUUCGUAUGCUUAAGAACAACAAAAACAACAAGAACAGAAAGUACACCUUGUGGUAGCUCCAAAAGAUGCUUCUUAUUUUAAGAAUUUAAUUUUAAACAAAUUUGCAUAAUUAAGUGAAAUUGUGGAUGGUCAUAGAUGAUAUUAACUAUAAAGGGUCUAAAAACAACAUUAUUGAUUUAAAAACUGCUUUCGAAUAAAGAAAUGAACAAAACAAAUUC